AUGGACAUACCCCAAAGCGAUAUUCGUUCUUGCGUAUUAAUUCGUGGAACACGUUCAUCAACUACAAAAGAAAUGGUAAAUAGUUAUUGUGAAACAUAUGGACAAGUUAAUUAUUGUCGUAUUGCAAUUAAUCCUCAAGGUAUUAUGCGUGGAUAUAAUGUUGUAUAUAAGCAAGAACAUUCAGUCAAUCGUUUUAUGGAUGAUCGUCCUCAUCGUGUUGAUGGUCAAUCAGUAAAAGUAAGACGAUGUAUACCUUCGGAUGAAGAAUGGAGAUUAACAAGUGAAAUUCUCAUAACAUCAUCAGAUGAUUCAACUGAUAAUCAAGUACCUAACGAAGAUUCUCUUCGUGAUUACUUUUCUAAAUAUGGUGCAAUUCGUACAUGUCGCAUCGAUACUUAUUAUAAUCGACCAUGUGCUCAUUUAACAUUUGCUGAUUACGAUCGAGUUGAUCAAUUAAUCAAUGAUAAACCACAUACAAUCAAUAAAAUGCUGAUAAAUGUUCGAAAAUAUAUCUCUCAUGAUGAUGAUAAUACUAAACUUCAAUCAUCAUCAUCAUCAUCAAAACAAAGUUCGAAAUUUGAUACAAAACGUCGUCAACAAUCUUCAACUGAUUCUGAGCAUCGCCGUAAUAAAAAAAGUCGAUCUUCAUCAAAGAAUACUGAUUCAUCUUCAACAGCAUUAUUAUCAAAAGUAACUAUUAAACAAGAACGUUGUAAAGAUACUGAUAUAACUCGUCUUAAAACUGCUAAUAAUUUAUUAAUACGUGAAGUUCAAUCACUUAUAUCUCCGCCAAUACAAUCAAUUGAAAGAAUAAAUAAUGAUGAAUUAUUACGUUUACAAGCUGAUUAUGAACGUUUAAAUACUCAAACAAAAAAUCUAUGUCAUGAACAAAAUAAUGAUUCAUAUGAUCCGAAUACAAAUGAAGUUUUAACUAAACUUCAUGAUGAUGUUACAAAUUUACUUCAACAAAUAAAAAAUCUUCAACAAGAAAAAAAAACAUUUGUUGAUGAAUUAUUUGAAAAAUAUACUGUUGAAUAUAUUCUUUCUUUGAAUGAAGAUGAUAUUAAUCAAAGACUUGAACAAUUGGAAAAAGAAAAUCAAUUACUUUUACUUAUCCGACAAAAAGCCAUCAUGCAAACAGCAUUUAAUAAGACAUCAUAUGAUUUACGAGCAAAACCAAUUCAAACUUUUUGUAAUAUACCUAAAUUAGGAAAACAUGAACAUAAAAAAACAUUUAAAAUUAUUGGAAAUAAUGAAAGUCAGUUUUUACUUGAUGAUAAACCAGCAUUUCAUUUUGAACAUAUAUGGGGUGAAGGUACAAAUGGUGAAAUAUAUGAUCGAUUUGCUCGACCAGCUAUUGCUGAUCUUGUUCGAGGACGAAGCACACUUCUAUUUGUUACUGGUCGAAAUAAAAAAUAUCGUAAUGAUAUUCUAUUUGGUGAAACAAAAGAUACUGGUCUUAUAUCUUUAACAAUCAAUGCACUUUAUAAUAGUAUUGGUGAACAUCGUGCAUUAAAAUAUUAUUUUAGACCAAUGGGUAAUAAUAGUUAUAAAGUUCAAUCUGAUGCUCAAGCUAUGUUUGAUCGACAUCAACGAGAUCUUUUGCCAAAAGUAAGCAAAAAUAUUAUUGGAAAUAUUACACAUACAAGUAUUUUAGAAAAAUCAAUUCUUGAUCAAACAUCAAAUGUAUCUGGUAUUGAUGAUGAUUAUGUUUAUACAAUAUUUGUUUCGGCUAUGGAAAUUAAUUCUACACAAUCACAUUCAGUCACAAGUGAUUUAUUAAAAAUGUUUACAGAAGGUAUAAAUCAUACGCCUCUUGAAACUCCUCAAACAUGUAUGGAAAUUGAAUUUGAUGAUGCACGUAAAACACGACGAAAGUUAUUUGAUACAACUAAAAUACCUGCAAAAGAGAAUUCAACACGUUUAUAUACGAUACGUCUUGUACAAGCACGAAAAUCAGAACAUACAGAAAAUAUUACACCGAUUGUUAGUCAACUAACAUUUAUCGAUUUAACAACCAGUAAAAAUGCAGCAGAUUUAAAAGCUGUGAAAGAUUUUAUUGUACCGCCGAAAAAACAUUCAAUUGAUUCUUCGAAUCAUUUACAAGAUUUUCUUAAUCAAUUUCCUAUACAAGAUCAUCAACAAUUAUUUGUACCGAUUAAAUUACUUUUAUGUGCAUCAGCAAGUAAUAAUGAUGCAGAAGAUACUUUAUAUGAUAUUAAAUGGUUAAUGAGUCUUCAAGCUAAUCAGUAUCUUGUUUAUUUGGGUCGAGAUGAAGAAAAACUUGUCACACGUGAUGAUGAUCAUCAUCGACCACCACGUCCACCACCAAUUCAUUAUUCAACAUCAUUACAACGUACUGAUCAUACAAAUUUAGCACAACAUGUACCAUCUUCAACUCCACUUGCUCAAUCAACACCACGAUCUGUUACGCAAAUACCAACAUCAACAACAACAUUAGCAUCUGUUAAUACACAACAUUCACGUCAAUCACAAUAUCAAACGAUAAAUACGACACCAAAUCGAUCAUUUAAUUAUAUUCCAAAUACAAUUCAAUCAAUCCCUCCAUCACGACCAUUAUCAUCUUCUCGACUCGUUAUGUCAAAUCGGUCAGAAGAAACUCCUACAUUUAUUACUUAUCCAUUGACACCAAAUACAGGUUCAUCUCAUCUAACUCAAAAAGUACCACCACGUAUUCCACCACGAAUUCAUCGUACACCAAAACCUUCACCGACGACGAUCGAACAAGAAGUACCCGUAUCAACAGAAACAAGAUUAAGUUCAAGUAUUCAAAAUCGACGACCACCACCACCACCGCCGCCGCCUCAUGCGCCAUCAACUCUUACUACUGAAUUAAAUAAAUUAAAUAAAACACGUUUUUCACGAAAAUAUUCACGAACAAAUUUAACUAAUGAUGUACAACAACGAGCAUCUUCUGCUAUUGCUACUCGUACAAUACCAACACCAAUAUUAACAGCAAAACGUGUACCUUUAAAAGAAGAACAUUUACUUAAACGUUCAUCUUCAGCUGAUCGUGUUGGUCGUGAACGUUGGUUACAUCAUAUAACUGACUCAUCAACAAUUAAUAAUACGAUUAAACUUCGAACUUCACUACCAAAUCCAUUACAACUUGUAUCAAAUCAUUUUAAUUCUAUGUCAAAAUUAUUAAGUGCAACAAAAUAUGCAAUUGAACAUCGUGCUGAAGAUAGUGUUCAAUUAUUUCAAGGUGAUGUUAUGGCAACAAGUAAAGGUGGUGUAAAAGUUGUUUUUACUUCAGUUGAUCAAGUAACACAUAAUAGUUUACUCCCAUCGACAUGUGAAAAUUCUGUUUUGGGUUCGUCAAUUAUUUCAAUAUAA